UUUCAUUUCAAACUUUCAAUUUGUAUUUAUUAAUUAUUUAGUAGUUUAUAAGUUAAAUUAAAAAAUCAUGCACGGAAGGAAACAAAAUCUGGAGAAGCCCAGCCUGAAAUUAAUUUUCAAAGUAGGCAGCAAUCCGGGGACGCCUGAACUUAGCUCGAACUUAGCGACAUCUUGCGAUGGGGCGAGCGAGAGAAAAUUUCGCAAAAAGCGAAAAAUGAAUGACAAGACAGACUCAGAUGAGGACAGUCAGUUGGAGGAAUACUGUGAGGAUGACCUCACUACCUCAAAUAACAAAAUGACCAACAGCAGCAGCAGCAGAAUUCAGAGAGAGAAACGAAACAUGAAUGCAUCUGCUGGUGCUGUUGAGGAAAGGACCCCCCUGCAAUUGUGUCUAGAUCAUCUUCAUAAGCAACUUCAGAGGAAGGACCCAAAUGGCUUUUUUGCAUUUCCCGUAACUGAUCUGAUAGCUCCGGGUUAUUCAAAGGUCAUUUCAAAAGCAAUGGACUUCAGCACAAUGAAGAAGAAAAUUGAUUCUGGAUUUUACCAAUCUGUCAGGGAAUAUAGGGAUGAUUUCAAGUUGAUGAUGGCAAACUGCAUGGACUACAACCAGCCGGAUACCAUCUACCACAAAGAAGGCAGACGUUUACUUGGCGUUGGACUCAAGUAUUUUGGAAAGGAACGAAUGAAUCAGAUGAGGCGGACAUUUGCAUUCAUGUCCAAUCUAUCAAAAGAGGAUGUUGAUCUCGAUGACGAUGUCAUUAUCGAUUGUGACAAGGAAAGCAAUGCUAACAACAAUGAUAUUAAUAAUAUAAAUAAUAUUAACAACAGUAGCAACAUUGCUAAUAGAAGCAGAUAUUGUGAACUGGAUAGAGCACCAGAUCUGAAUGCCAGCAACCAAAAUGUUGAAUUGGGAAAAUUUGAAGCAAUCCCAGAUGAACUGACGGCCAGCGAGAUUUUGGAGCAGGUGCAGACGGCUGCCCGACUUGCCGCCGAAAAUUUGCAAACUCAUGCACCUAACAGCAAGAUUGGUUACUUGAAGAAGGAGGCAGAUGGUACAACUGUUUUGAAUAUCCUCAAUCCAGAUAAUAGAGGAUUCAUAUCAGAGAAAGAGAGAGUGGUGGAUUUGGGAGGGGUGGUCGGUCGGUUGGUCGCCGGCCAGUCGCACGUCAACCUGCCAAAAGAUGACAUCCGGAAUAAAAUCAACCCAGUAACGUACCUGAGCUACGGUGCUUUCAGCUCGUAUGCUCCGGUUUAUGAUAGCUCAAACGCCAAUGUCGAUAAGGAGACGACGAACUUGCUGCUCGCAACUUACGCUGACGAAACUGGCGUUCAGUACGCAAAGAGCUUGAAAGAGUUUGUGUCUGGAUGUGGCGAAUAUGCAACAAUGAUGGUCGACAACUUGCUUGAUGUCCUCACAAAUGGCGAGCACAUGAAGACUGAAGCCAUCCUCAAAGAGAAGGAAUUGCUGAAACAGCAGCAACUGCAACAGCAGCAACUGCAGCAGCAACAACAACAGAACAUGCAGAUCAUUGCAACAGCUUAUAACAUGGUGACCACUGACAACGACAACAACCCAGCGACUUGCAACCUACCUAGCGACAGCGGCCCACUCGGCAACAAUCAGCAGGACAACCAGUUACGCAAGACUUCGAAUCUUCUGCUGACCCUGGAAGAAAAACGAAGGGCGUCGUUGAGUUCGAGCCAUUGGAAGAGAUCAACUGACGCAUUCUGCAGGCCAACUGAUAAUGAAGUCGACAUAGCUCGAAAGGUCUUUUCUGAAUUAGCGGGACUGAUCGAGCAGACGAGACCAGACGACGUCAUCGAUAUUGAAUCCGUGAGGAGGGCAAUGAACUUCAAGGACAAGCUCAUGCUGGUGCCUGUCGAAAGCAGCCAGCAGCAGCAUCUUCCAGCGGCAACAGCAGCUGAACAUCAGCAACAAAAUGUUGCUGACACGUUUACUGCGGUCGACAACAACCAACAAGUUAUCAGCAACGACAAUUUUUUGUCUCAAGAGCAACCAGCAACAUCUCAGCAACAACCUGACGACACCCCAGCAACUUUAAACACUGCUGCUGCUGUCGUUGGUGCUUCUCUUUCUUAUGAUGAUAAUAUCGUCCGGGAGACAUGAUUUUUUUUAUUAAAAAUUGAAAUAAAGUAAAUUCAUUUAAUAUAAAAAUUUCAUAAACAAUUUCUAUAAUAGAGAUGUCUAGUUAAUUUUAUUUCAGUCAAUGCGAAAUCCAGAAUAUUUGAAUAGUCCCAAAUGUAAAUGGCUAUUUCUCCGCAUUAGAAUUAAUAAUUCCUAAGUAAGUAUGAAGAAUACUCUGUAACUAAGGGUGUACGUAUAAAUAUAUGUGUGUGUGUGUGUUUGUGUAUGUGUGUACACAUAUUGUAUUGGUUAGUUUCAAUGUUUGUGUUAGGUAUAUUUUUGCACAGAGUUGUGUGUUUAUUACAUUGCAAUUGCAUAAUCCAGAGUUAAUGUUAAGUUCAACCUAAACUCUUGAAACACAAAAAUAAUUGUGUAUAUAUGUAUGUACGUAUAUAUAUAUAAGUAUGUAUGUAUGUGUAGAAAUUAUAUAGUAAUAAAAUGUUAGAGAUGUAUCGUGAUAUACAAUAUUUUAACGUAAUGUACCCACUGUUUUAAGUAAAACAUUUAAUUAUAAGCACAUACAUGCUGGUAUAUCUGUAUAAACGUAUGUAUAUAUAUUGGAUACAAGCUAUUAAAAAUUGUUAGCGAAUUAUGUCAAUCCAGCAUUUCUACAUCGAUUUCUUGUUCAAAUUCAGAUGUUUCACCAGUCAUGAUGGCAAAAAUAAAUUUCCUUCCUAAUAACAUUCAAGAAUUAUUGUUCUGGAAUCGAAAAAGAUCGGUAGCUUAAACGAAAAUAUUUAAUAUAAAUGGCCGAAUCCAAAUUUCGAAUAUUCGGUACGUCUCUAGUGUGUAUCUUGUUAAAAGUAUAUCUAAAAACUUUGAUCAUAUAUAUAUCUACACUUGUAUCAUUGAUGAUGAUAUCAAACGCGAGAAAUGUGUUAGUUUAAUGAAUCAAUACGCGUGUUAAUAUAUUAAAAGUGAUACAUAGUUUGGUAUAAAUAAAUUAGACUGAAUAAUGAAAAUGAAGAGGAACAUAAAAUAGCGAAUGCACAUUAAGAAAAUUGAAACUAGAUUAAAAUCCUAUAUUUUUUUCAUUCUUUUUGAAAGUAUUUUAUCAUUUUGUGUUUAUAUAUGUAGCUGUUUGAAUAUAUAAAUGUGUGUGGUGUGUAUGUGUACGUGUGUGUAUGUGUGCUUGUACAUGUGUGUGACAUUUUUCAAUAUAUAUGCGUAUAUUCCUACCAACCAAUGUAUUUAAAUUUAACUUGGAUUAAAGCUUGAGAAAUGUGAUGCAACAAUGUGAACGUAGAAACACGUCAAAUACAUUUAAUAAAACACAGUAAAGCUACAAAGAGAUGAUGGUGAUGAAUAAGAUGAUGAUGAUGGUGAUUAAAAUGGCGAUGAUGAUGAAUACGUUAAAGUGUGAAUAAACAUGAUCCAACAUAACGUCAUAUAACAAAAGAAACGAAGCAAAUAUGUAUAUAUUCAUGUAUGUGUGUAUGUAUUUGUGUACUUAUGUAUGUGUGUACGUAUGUGUGUGUGUAAUAAUAUCUGAUGAGAUAAUAAAAGACUCACUCAUCGUCAUCGUGCUAUUUCGAAUUAAGAUAUGAAUUACAAUUUAAUAAUGGAAAAUUAAUUCCACUGAAACAAAGUCUCUCUCUUUCUAUCAUUAUAUAUAGAGAAAAAGCGAGAGAGAGAAAGAGAGGGAGAACACAUAUAUCUAAUCUAUACAACUAAUAUUU